UUCUUCAUCGUCGUCUUUUCGAUUUCAAACCACCAAGUCAAACAGGGGACACUUCUCGGAGAACUAAGGCUCUACCGGGAGACGCACCAUGUCGAGGCGCUACAUAAGAGGUGCCUCCUGAAGGAGAAAGGAAACUGUGACGCCGAUGACACUAUGGGCGGUAUAAGUUUCCACCGUUUUCCUCGGGACCCCUUGAGGUACAAGGCGUGGCUGGAGUUUUGCAACCUGGAGGCGGAUACGAGUCUAAUUUCCAUUCGCUCUAAGGUCCUGUGCUCCCAGCACUUCGCACCAGUUGCUUAUUUGCGCACAGGAAGGCUUCGGUGGGAUGCAGUUCCUACAUUGAAGCGCACACUGCAUGGCGUUGGAGGAAGUAGUGCCUACGCCAAUCAGAGCAGACUUGAAAGCAGUGGGCCUUCAACGGAGGAACGUGUGCAAGCUGUGGUAGCCUGCGAUGACGACAGCACAGGAGCAAUACACCUUCACCAGAUGAGUCAUCCUUGCCAUGCUGAAGAGUGUGGUACUGAAGAAAGUCAGCAACAGCGUGAUCUGUCUCAUCAGGACCAUAGCUACGCACAACACGCACCAGCCUUGUAAACACAGAGCACUGUUGUCUCCCCUCUAGCUGCAGUUGUCACUCCUCUGCCAGGAACGUCGUCUGGUGUACUGCGUGCAGUCUCGUCACCUCAGCACUUAGGAGGUGGAAGUGGCUGGCAUCCCCCCAAAGAUUGCCCAUCGUCCAGUAGUCUAGCAGCUCCAGCACAGCCAACAAAAGGCAAGCUGGAUAACCUCCGCAAGAAAGUGCACCAGUUGCAAGCCCUGUGUUCAGCACCUGUGUUCAUAGAUACCUAGCAUACAUUUUCUAUUUUGAAUCUUCA